GGGGAAGCUUCAGAGCUGGAGGGUGGAGCCCAGGAUGUGUCGGAAGAAGAGGAGGAAGAGGCAGGCAAGUAAAGGACCAGGUGCUUCCCCAUCCUUUCCUGCCCCCCUGCCUCCCAGAACCAGGAGGGGUUUGAAAAGGGCAGAGCAGAGGAAGCUUCUACGCAGGCAUAGUCUCUGGCUGUGUGUGUGUAGCCUGUCAGGGAAAUGUAUAUAAACUGGUGGAGGGAGCGGUGGUCUCCUGCCGCUGCAAUUGCUCCAUAGAGUGCGAACCUUGAAAUAGCUGCCUAGAAGCUAGAUGGGUAUGCAUAAGCAACCAGACAUAUUGUUAAUGGAGAAAUUUGAGGGCUUCCUUGGACAAAAAACAAAAACAAGGACACCAGCCAGGAAUACCAGAGCAAAACAGCAGCCAGUAGGCUUGGUCUUUAUUGAAGACUGUCGUGACAGGACUCCCACCUGCCACAAGGUGGAACAAGAUGGAAGCCCUGAACAAAAGAGCCCCCAAACUUUUAUUAGCUGCUAAUCCCCAUGUUACACCCCCCCAAACUACAUCACUCAUACAUCACGGUUACAUCAUGAAAGGGGAGGUCUGGUGGCAGUAAUCUGAGCAUCCUGGACCCUGCCCCAUGGUUCUCCUUGCCCUCCACCAAACACCCAUCAAGUGUAACAAAAAGGAUAUUUACAUUUCCCUGUUUCCCAGCCAAGUUAAUCACACCCUUUUGUCUUCAUCUGGGUUUGUUAUUUCUGGAAUGGCUACCUGUCUGGCACUCAGGUAUCAGGAUGCCAGGGAUUAUCACUCAGGCAGAGGGGCUGCUGAGUAGCUGAGCUCACAUGUCUAUAUGAAUUCCUGACGUUUUCCCUGUGAGUCAGUACAUAGAUACAUUUAUCAGUGAAUUCUUACAUUUGGUAUCGUGCAACAAAGGCCCUUUGAAUAGAUAGGAAGAAACUGUGAUGUAGUGUUUGUGUGGACAAAUCACAAAAGUCACAAAAGCGAUUGUGCUGAUUUUGGUAGUGGGCUACACGUGCAUGAUAUCUGCUGGAGAGGCAACCCCCUCCCCAAGCUAUACAUAAAUUCCUGCAACAUUAUAGAAGCGACAGUGUUGUUUUUGACAAUAGUUAGCUAUCUGCUGUGUUCAUUCAUUGGAAAUGUGUAGAAAUUUGUUGUUGUUUAGUCGUUUAGUUGUGUCUGACUCUUCGUGACCCCAUGGACCAGAGCAUGCCAGGCACUUCUGUCUUCCACUGCCUCCCACAGUUUAGUCAAACUCAUGCUGGUAGUUUCGAGAACACUGUCCAGCCAUCUUGUCCUCUGUCGUCCCCUUCUCCUUGUGCCCUCCAUCUUUCCCAGCAUCAGGGUCUUUUCCAGGGAGUCUGCUCUUCUCAUGAGGUGGCCAGAAUACUGGAGCCUCAGCUUCACGAUCUGUCCUUCCAGUGAGCACUCAGGGCUGAUUUCUUUCAGAAUGGAUAGGUUUGAUCUUCUUGCAGUCCAUGGGACUCUCAAGAGUCUCCUCCAGCACCAUAAUUCAAAAGCAUCAAUUCUUUGGCGAUCAGCCUUCUUUAUGGUCCAGCUCUCACUUCCAUACAUCACUACUGGGAAAACCAUAGCUUUAACUAUACGGACCUUUGUUGGCGUGGUGAUGUCUCUACUUUUUAAGAUGCUGUCUAGGUUUGUCAUCGCUUUUCUCCCAAGAAGCAGACGUCUUUUAAUUUCUUGGCUGCUGUUACCAUCCGUAGUGAUCAUGGAGCCCAAGAAAGUAGAAACUACCCUACUGUAAAGCUUACAAACAUUGCUCCACCCACUUUUGCCUCUGGCUCCACCCACCACCAGCAUGUUGCCCCCAACUGGAAGAAGAGGCUACACACAACAACAGGUCCCUGAAAUGGGCCCAGAGGGGAGGUGCGGAGAAAGAAAUGGGACCAUGCCUAGUGGCCAUGCCUCCCAACAGCCACGAAUUCAGUGGAAGAAUGAAAGAAGCGUCUCCUCCACAUGAUCAGAAGCUCAGGAUUGCUGAUCAUGCGGUAGAGCCCCAUGUAGCUAUAACAGUGUGCGCAUCACAGGUCCUGUUUAUACUAACACUGAACAUGCAGACGUUGGGAGUGUGGCCAGCACUGUUUUGGUUCCAUCUCCAACGGCCAUAGCUUCCAAGCACUCAAGGACUUUACUGUGCAAGAUUCAUCCAGACAUCCAUUGAGUAUUCAUUCUGAUUUGCUUGCACAACACUUACACGUAGUUAGUUAGAUUGCAUCUGGUCUUUAUCGAGCAUUUAUGCUGAUUUGCUUCCUGUGUCUUCCUGUGUCUUUGCAUUCAUCAUAUGUUCGUCCCAUAUUUUUCAAUGCCUUUAACCCAUCACUUUCCAAACCACAAAAAGUCCAUUCGGGGCGAGUAGAUUUGUUGGAUAAGGGCAACAGAGUCUUUAUCAACUUUAAAUGCACAAACCUAAAGUUAUGGUGGGAUGCGGGUGGCGCUGUGGGUUAAACCACAGAGCCUAGGACUUGCCGAUCAGAAGGUUGGCGGUUCGAAUCCCCGCGACGAGGUGAGCUCCUGUUGCUCAGUCCCUGCUCCUGCCAACCUAGCAGUUUGAAAGCACAUCAAAGUGCAAGUAAAUAAAUAGGUACCCCUCCGGCGGGAAGGUAAUCAGUGUUUCCGUGCCUUGCUCUGGUUUGCCAGAAGCAGCUUAGUCAUGCUGGCCACAUGACCCAGAAGCUGUAUGCUGGCUCCCUCAGCCAGUAAAGCGAGAUGAGCGCCGCAACCCCAGAGUCAGUCACGACUGGACCUAAUGGUCAGGGGCCCCUUUACCUUUACCUUUAAAAUUACGGUAUGCAUUAGAUUCCCGCCCCCUGCAAAAUACUGACACAGCCUCCCACAGUGUUUAUUGUGGGUCUCACCCUGUUAUUUGAUAGAUGACUUCCUCUUGUUUUGUUUCCCUAAACUGUGAUGUUGUAAAGCAUUUCAAACAUAAUGAUGGUGACGGGUUGAGGCUUUCAAAGAGCUGCAGAAAGUCAAUGUGACUUCAAGGUGCCCAUUGACCAAUGGAACAGUCCCUGGAAAAAAAAUCCAUAAUGCAGAGUGACACAUGGCCUCGGUGCCUGCCAAAUGGAAGCUGUUUGGGGUAUUUCCUCCUUCUUUGGUGUGGGUUUCACGUAUUUGUUUAAUGGAAGUUCUACCUCCAGAGGGUUUAUUUGUCUUCCUAAGGCUGCUAUGGAGAACAAGGGGGAAGUAUAAAAUCUGAAGCCAUCAGAAAGAUUAGAUUCCUCACCCCAUUCCCAGCUGGAGAUUUUACAGUUUGGGAUACAUUUGCCUGCCUGUACGAUAAAUAAGGUAAGGAUUGAUGCUGUCCUCACCGUCAUAUUUCAGGAGGAAUCCAAAAGAUCUCCUUAAGGAGAAGAUCUGCCUAAUGUCAAUUUUGGCUUACAGGUGGGUCAGGAUUUGGGCUUGCCAGAUUCCUAAUGAGGCUAGCUAGGAUUGGUGGAGUUCCCAACUUGUCCAUCUGUUAUCAGUCUGGUUUUUAUUAAGAAGAUGGGCAAACUUGUUAUUGUUUGGACAAUAUCUUUGCAUUUUUGGUUGAAGUCCGAAUCCUUUUUUUCUUGCAAUCUGAAGAAAACAUUGGUUUGUUUCUUAUUGCUCCAAAGGUCAAACUCCAUCAUCUAUCUAUGUGACACAGGCAAUUAAAAAAAUAAAUAAAUGGAGCUGAUUGUUAGACACCCUCCUUAUGUCUUCUAAUCAGAGCAAAAGCAGAUCUCUUCCCUUCCCUAACCCAGCUAAGGAUGUGGAAAUGUCUUAUUUAAUUUGUUUGGAGUGGAACACAGAAAAAAGGCUAGAACCAAGAGACAGAGAGCUGAGAUUGAGCUAACAACAGCAUUGUGAGUCUGUCCCCCAACCCUGAUGAAUUACUACUGCCAUCAGCCCCAGCCAGCUCAGGAAACCUGAAUAAGCUAUGCCUUCACCUGUAUAUCUGUAAAUUAACUCAGAUAUUACAUAUAACACCUUAACCUUCCAUAUCUUCCUCCCAAAGGUUAUUAAGCUAGAGCGAAUACUGCAUCCCCAGAAUUUCACACUGCUCAGAGAAGCUAAGAGAAGCAGGUUGAGCAUAGUAAUAUUGUAAUCUACAAUUUGAUGAUUCUAUGGUUGUUGGAUUCUAUGUCAAGUUUGGUUUCUCAGUCUCUCAUUUCUUCAAUCUUAAAUUCAGUUCUCCACAUUUGCAUAUCAGUUUGCAUUAAAAAAAAAUCUUCAAGGAAAUUCAUCAGCUUUUGGGUGCAAAUUUCUCCUAAUAUACCCACUUUCCAUGUGUAUGUUUGCCUAACAUACACAUUUUUGCAAGGUGAUUUUCCCUACUAUAAUACAUUUUUGCAUGCUGUUUUCAAUAACAUGUGAUUUUUUAGGCAUAUAUACUUGGCUGGAGAACUGCAUUGCAGAAUUUGGAAAAGUGCAAAUUUCAAAGGAGAGCGGAAUUUCGAUUCACAUGUUGUUUCAGAAAGAGCCAAUUGUUGUUGCUGUUUAGUCAAUUAGUCGUGUCCGACUCUUCGUGACCCAUGGACCAGAGCACGCCAGACACUCCUGUCUUCCACUGCCUCCCACAGUUUGGUCAAACUCAUGCUGGUAGCUGUGAGAACACUGUCCAACCAUCUCGUCCUCUGUCGUCCCCUUCUCCUUGUGCCCUCCAUCUUUCCCAACAUCAGGGUCUUUCCCAGGGAGUCUGCUCUUCUCAUGAGGUGGCCAAAGUAUUGGAGCCUCAGCUUCACGAUCUGUCCUUCCAGUGAGCACUCAGGGCUGAUUUCCUUCAGAAUGGCUAGGUUUGAUCUUCUUGCAGUCCAUGGGACUCUCAAGAGUCUCCUCCAGCACCAUAAUUCAAAAGCAUCCAUUCUUCGGCAAUCAGCCUUCUUUAUGGUCCAGCUCUCACUUCCAUACAUCACUACUGGGAAAACCAUAGCUUUAAGUAUACAGACCUUUGCCGGCAAGGUGAUGUCUCUGCUUUUUAAGAUGCUGUCUAGGUUAGUCAUUGCUUUUCUCCCAGGAAGCAGGCGUCUUUUAAUUUCAUGACUGCUGUCACCAUCUGCAGUGAUCAUGGAGCCCAAGAAAGUAAAAUCUCUCACUGUCUCCAUUUCUAGAGCCAAUUGGCUAGGUUUAAAUGCAAACAGUAUCUGAUUUCUCUUCCAUCCCAAUUUAGAAAUGAUGAGGAAGGGGAGGCGAAAACACAGGCUGCUGUUUUUAGUGGUGUACAUGUAAACUCCAUAAUGCCUAUUUUCUGCAGCCUUUCCUGUUUGUUUGUUUGUUUGUUUGUUUGUUUGUUUGUUUGUUUGCUUGUUUUCUUGUUUGCUUGUUUGCUUGCUUGCUUGCUUUUAAGUCUCCUGCAUGUUAGAACAUAUUGCAAUGAUGUGAGGAAUACCUCUGCCAAGAGAUGGUGCUAUAGGAUUUUCUUGCUGCUACUGCCCCCCCCAACUUCUUUCUGAAAUAUAAGAUUAUGUACAUAUUGCUAUGUUUCCCAUCCUCCCCUAAUGGGGAGAAGUUCCAUGACAGUACCAACUGGGCUUGGCUUCUUUUGGCUCAGAACAUACUGGAGAGACCUGUCAGGAGUAAGCAUGGACCAAUGGUACCAAAUAGUAUGGGAAACAGCCCUACUAGAAAAAUUAACCAAUAAACUGAAACUGACACAGGGACAAAUAGAAGACGACACCAUCACCCCGGUAUGGCUCCCCUUUAUCACAUACACAGCCCAGCAAGACGACGACAAAAAUCCACCAACAGCAUAGAAAUCAAUAUGGCUAACCUGAUCCAAAACACUCACCCACCCCACUCACACAUGAAAACAAAGACCAUCACAGCCAACCACAAAUGAAUAACCACACCCUAGGCCAACCCCCACCUCUCUCACCACCAAAGGAACACAAGCGUACAGCAAAGAACCUGCACAAGUAACGCUGACACCAAACCCUACAUAUAGUAAGUAAAAUAGAAACAUCACCACCCCCACCCAUCUUUCCCCCCUCCACCUCUUUCCCCCUUUUCUUCCUAAUGUCUCAACAAAUGAAAUUGAUUUGUAAAAAUGUUACAUGGAGGGGGGGAAAAACAUGAGAGAGAGAGACAUUGCACACUUUUGCAAAUCAACAAAAUCUUUAAUAAAAAUAAAUAAAUAAAUAAAUAAAUAAAUAAAUAAAUAUACUGGAGACUUAGUGUAUCUUUGCAAUAUUUGUAAAAACACAUUUGCAAAGAUAGAUUUCUUCCCAAAUAUACAAGUGGAGUCUAAACUGUUAAGUUGUGGGUGAACAUAUCAGAUGACACAGUGAUUCUUCAGACAGCUCUUGUUUAUUCACAGGCCAGAACAGAACUGAACUGAAGGGUUCAGCCAGCCUGCUUAUAUAGAGCUCCAGUACAACGUAACUGUAACAACUUUCUGUAACUAUCCAAUCACUGAACGUCACUUUCGAUCCCUUAUUUGCAUAUGUGGACCUGAACUAUCUACAGUAUCCCCCUGCUGGCCCAGGGUGAGAACUUCAGUACAUAACAUAAACAGAGGUGAACAGCAGACACUCUUACAUGGCAGCAGAUAUGCUAGUGUUGCCAUACAUCCGGAAUUUCCAGGACAUAGCUGGGAUUCGGCCGUCGGAAACAGUGUCUGGGCUACUCCCAGAGAGAAGCCUGAUGCCAUCAACCUUCCAGCCAAAUCGCAGCUCACUGUUGUGUCUGCUGUCCCUUCGCUGUCUCUCUCUUGACUUUUAAGCAGCAGUUUCCCUAUGGAAUGAAUAAUCAGACAAUAGGCAUAAGAUGGGGGUGGCUGGAGCUCAGUGGUAGAGCCCUUGCUUUGCAUCCAGAAUGUCUCAGGUUCAAUCCCCAGUCUCUGCAGAUGGGGCUGGCAAUGUUAAUGGUCAGCUUCCACUCAGCAGAGACCAGGAAUGGGGAACUGGCAUCCCUCCCAGAAGGUGUUGGCGCUCCAGCUUCCAUCAGCUCCCACCAGUACCAGCCAGCAUGACCAAUGGACAGGGAUGAUGAUCUAUUCAAUUUCCAUCUCACCCUUCCUCCCACAGGAGUCAAAGGAAUGAUGGGAAUUAUGGAGCAUUUGGGAGUUGGACAGCGACUUCUAGAGGUCCAUAAGCACCAAGGGAUGCGGGUGGCACUGAGGUCUAAACCACUGAGCGUCUUGGGCUUGCCGAUCAGAAGGUUGGCGGUUCGAAUCCCCACGACGGGGUGAGCUCCCGUUGCUCUGUCCCAGCUCUUGCCAACCUAGCAGUUCGAAAGCACACCAGUGCAAGUAGAUAAAUAGGUACUGCUGGGGCGGGAAGCUAAAUGGCGUUUCCAUGCGCUCUGGCUUCCAUCACGGUGUUCCGUUGUGCCAGAAGCCAGUUCAGGCAUGCUGGCCACAUGACCCGGAAAGCUGUCUGUGGACAAACGCCGGCUCCCUCAGCCUGAAAGCAAAAUGAGCACCAGAACCCCAUAGUCGCCUUUGACUGGACUUAACCAUCCAGGGCUCCUUUACUUUUUUUACCUUUACCAUAAGCACCCAUAACUGGCCUGUAUAUUAUUGAGCUAGAUGGAUCAAUGGUCUGAUUCAGAAUAAGACAGCUGUUUAUCAGAAAGCGUCUCACUUAAAUGCCACAAAUGGUCCUCUCCCACAAUCAAAAGGCACCCUGUUUUAUUUCCUGAUUUCCACAUGACUUAUAUACUGCUUGAUUGUAAAAAGCAGUUUACAAAAAAGGAUAAAGCAGUAAGAUUGUCAGUAAAAGAAGAAGUUAAGAACGACUUAAAACAUUGAAAACAUUGAAAACAUAAAACCACAUAAAACCAUCAGUAAGCUAAAUGCCAGAUUAAAACGCACGUCAACAUUCUGCAUGUCUGAGUAGCAGCAGUGGAGCUUCAUGCUCCGGCACUGGGGGCUGAGAGCAGGUGGAGGCAGGGCUGGCGCGCAUCCUGGGGGCGGGGCACACUGCCUGCAGGGGUGGGGCCCCCAGCGUGGGGGGGGGCAGCUGUGAUGGCACCCUGGGGAUCACACUGCCGGGGGCGCUGCACUUCCCCCGCACUCCUCUUCCUCCGCCAGUGCUGGGUGGGCUUAGAAGAUUUUUUAGCAAAGCUGCCUGCCUGAGGUCAAUAGGCAGGGAGUUCCAAAGUUUGUGUGCCGCCACACUAAAAGAUGGAUUUGCAACUUCCAGUUCUGCAGAGCAAAGCAGCUGAGCUGGCAUAUAUAGUUAAAGACAGUCUAGCAAGUAAACUGUUCCCAAGCUGUUAUAUACUAACACAGGCAUCCCCAACCUGCAGCCCUCCAGAUGUUUUGGCCUACAACUCCCAUAAUCCCUAGCUAACAGGACCAGUGGUCAGGGAUGAUGGGAAUUGUAGUCCAAAACAUAUAGAGGGCCAAAGGUUGGGGAUGCCUGUACUAACACCUUGAAAAUGACCUGGCAGCAAAUUGGCAGAUCUCUGAGCAGAGGUGUUCUAUGUUGACAGCGCCUCACUCCUGUCAGCAACUGCAGCUUCUGGAUCAAAGGUAGCGGAAGCCCCAUUCUUCAUUUUAUAGGGAUCCACUUUUAUGCAAUACAUCUACUCAGCCUUUUCUUUUCGUUCCCCAUGUCCUUCCUAAGAAGAGAUACAGGAUGUGCACUGGAAAAUGCUCCAAAUGCAUUGGGAUAGCCCUCCUGCCUCUGGCUGUCUGCGCUAUCGUCUCCAAUCUCCUCCUCUACUUCCCUAAUGGAGAAGUGUUGGAACCACGCAGGAUCACGGACCUGGUCUGGUUCUUCCACGGUAUUCUUGGAGCUGGAAUAUUGGUAAGGAAAAAGCUGGCACUGUUUCUCUUAUUCAAUUUUUCAGCUUUAUGUGAAACGAAGCUAAAGGGAACCUAACGCAGGGCAGAUCUGAACUAGAAAACAAUAUUGAUUUAUAUAUAUAAAGAGAGAGAGAGAGAGACGAGAGAGACGAGAGAGAGAGAGAGAUGAUAGAUAUGAUAGAUAACAUUUAUUUAUUCAGAUUAAAUUUUUACAGUCACAUAUCCAACAUACAACAUAAAAAUAAGAUUCCAAAGAAUCUCCUCCCCUUUGUCACGUUAUUGUUAAUCAUUUCCUCCUGCAUCUUUUAUGAUAAUCCAAAUCUUUUACCUCUCCAUUGUGUCCAAAAUUCACCAUUAAACUACAAGUGAUAUUCCAAUCCUAUUAAUGGCCAUGUUUACAAUGUUUACAAGACCAUGUUUACAAUGGUCUUUACAAUAAGUUACAAAUUUUCCCUAUUCCAUAUUAAAAUUUUGGUCUUCCUGAUUUCUGAUUCCUUUGGUCAUUUUAGCCUUUUCGGCAUAAUCCAUCAACUUGAUCCGCCAUUCUUCUCUGGUAGGGACUUUAUCUUCUUUCCAUCUCUGGGCCGAUAACAUAAAACGGAGUCAAAUGAAUACUGGAAAUGUAAGGAAACAGAAGGCACCUUUUAUCAUAUGUGAUGGAAAUGUAAGGUGGUAAAAGAAUUUUGGGAAAUGAUAUAAAAUGAGUUGAAAAAAAUGUUUAAAAUAAGCUUUUCUAAAAACAAACAAACCCAAAGCCUUCCUUUUAGGAAUUCUAGGUGCUGAAAUCCCAAGGGAGCAGAAAAAACUGUUUAUGUAUGUGACCACGGCUGCGUGGAUGUUAUUGUUCCAGAAAUCAAUAUUGAUUUUAUACUUUAUGCAAGAUGUAAUGAUGACCGGAUGCGGGUGGCGCUGUGGGUUAAACCACAGGGCCUAGGGCUUGCCGAUCAGAAGGUCGGCGGUUUGAAUCCCCACGACGGGGUGAGCUCCUGUUGCUCGGUCCUAGCUCCUGCCCACCUAGCAGUUCGAAAACACGUCAAAGUGCAAGUAGAUAAAUAGGUACCGCUCUGGCAGGAAGGUAAACAGCAUUUCCGUGCGCUGCUCUGGUCCACCAGAAGUGGCUUAGUCAUGCUGGCCACAUGACCCGGAAGCUGUACGCCAGCUCCCUCGGCCAAUAAAGCGAGAUGAGCGCCGCAACCCCAGAGUCGGCCACGACUGGACCUAAUGGUCAGGGUAAGUUGUUGGCAUCUGUCAGUCUUGAGAGACAAUGGAGUGUGCCUCCGGGGGUGAAGGAAAGCAGAGCAAAAAAAGGGAAGGUUGGGCCUUUAGAAGGACACAGGCCAGAGUUGUGGGUUUGUGAGCUGAGUUAGAAGCAGGGCGCAGGCAGAAGCCUGUGAAACCAAGGCUGAGGCUAUGAGAGAAGCAGGGAGGAGGAGGACAGUCUGCCGAGACCCAGCCCCGUGUGAUGAACUGGCUCUAAAGCAUGGGUAGGCAAACUAAGGCCCGGGGGCCGGAUCUGGCCCAAUCGCCUUCUAAAUCUGGCCCACGGACAGUCCGGGAAUCAGCGUGUUUUUACAUGAGUAGAAUGUGUGCUUUUAUUUAAAACGCAUCUCUGGGUUAUUUGUGGGGCAUAGGAAUUUGUUCAUCCCACCCCCCCAAAAAAAUAUAGUCCGGCCCCCUACAAGGUCUGAGGGACAGUGGACCGGCCCCCUGCUGAAAAUGUUUGCUGACGCCUGCUCUAAGGGGCAGGCAGAGGGCAGGGCCACCCUGGACCAUAGCUGUCAACUUUUCCCUUUUCUUGCGAGGAAUCCUAUUUGGAAUAAGGGAAUUUCCCUUAAAAAAAGGGAAACGUUGACAGCUAUGCCCUGGAUGGGAAGAAAGAUGGAGCAGUGCGGCACAAUAAGGAAUCUUCAUUAAAAGAAGAAGAAGCUUUGUGCAUUUGCAUCUAAUCUUGCCCCUUUCUAAAAUUUAUUUAUCGGUUUGUGUUUUUCUUUUGGUAAAUCUACCGAAAAUUAAAAUAAAACUGGGAAUAAGAGGUUCUCUCAGGACAGUGGAGGGCUUGUGUGCCAAUCAUCCUAUUUCCAAUAGGAAAUGUUCUGGGUGUGGGCGGUGUGACAAAAAUGGGGGGUUGAGGAGGGGCAAUUGGGGUGAGAAGAGAGAAAUGCCCCUAUUUUCAUGUGAGGACUGUUGCAGGCUAUGAGAUAAGAGACAUAUGGGAGGCCACAAUCAGCCCCCUUCAGGGAAAACAGCUUAUUUAUGUUGCGUUGCUUUUUAAAAGAAGCACCCAAACGUCAUCAUCAAGGAAAGGGAUGAGCAGAGAGGCAGUGUGGUUUCUGUUCUCAGUCAGAAUCUCACUUCUUGGGAAACAUUUAAAUAGAAAUGGCCUAAGGUCAGAUUGGUUGGCGUCAGACAUGCGCAUGAAGAACAGCAAAGGGGGAGGCGCUCCCAUCGAUCUUCCGAAUACCGACAACAGCACUUUGAGAGUAGAUAUUGACCCUUAAUGCAGACUGCUGCAAUUAAAGUGUAUGUUUCCCCGUGAAAUGACAUAUGCGCUGACCGUUGGCAGGUUGUUUAUUCCUGCAACCACCGUUGUACAGUUUGCAUUUGGGAUGCCAUCGGUUUGUUGUUAAAUAACGGCUGGUGUUUUACUGCUGUUUCCCCGGGGAGCCUUUUAAAACGUUUACCUUCCCCAUGAUUCCAGACACAAGGGCUUUACUCUCCAUUCAUCACUAGAAUGAAUGGGAAAUGGUCACUGAACACGCUACAUCCAGAAAAGCUUGAUUCAAAUCCAGAAGAAUAUCUGUUAAGGCACCAUUGCUUAUUUUUCAGGGCUACUUUCCCCUCGGUGUGUUAUGUUUAUAGCUCUUUCGGUGCUGGUGUCUUACUGUAAUGAAAGCCAAAAUAUUGAAGAUUGCUUCCCCAUCUUGCAUUGUACGAUAGCCUUUUUGAAAACUUAAUGUGAGGUUAACUUAUUAUUUGGGGCAAAGCACAUAUUGAUUUAAACAAAUCCCUCAACGAAUGGCUCAAAAGCAACUGGUUAGUGGAUUUAAACUCUUAAAAUGGCAGCAACUGUUAGUUGGAGGGAAUAAUAAUAAUAAUAAUAAUAAUAAUAAUAAUAAUUUUAUUAUAUAUACACUGCCCAUCUGACUGGGUUACCCCAGCCACUCUGGGCGGCUUUCAACACACAUAAAAACAUAAGAUAACAUCAAACAUUAAAAACCUACCAAUACUGUACAGGGCUGCCUUCAGAUGUCUUAUAAAAGUUCUGUAGUUCUUUAUCUCAUUGAAAUCUGAUAGGAAGGCACACAAAUAGUUGUUGUUGGAGGCUAUAAAAAUGUCCCUUAAGCAGAUGGAAGGUUUUUUUGCGGGGGGAGGGUUGCGUGAGGAAAAGUGACUCACAUAAUCAAUAUUAAGAAGUGCUUAGAAUUCCUGGGUCAAUUAGGAAGUUGAACCAGAGGCCACCAUUCUGGGCUGUGCUAACUGAACCACCGAGAACAUCUCUCCAUUAUGCCAGCCUUCUGGCAAAGUUCCACUUUAGCUGCAAAAGAUAGAGAGAGAGAAUGAGAGAACAAAUACACCAUGUCCUCUAUGGCACACAAUUGUCCUUGGAAUGAGGCUAGAUAAAAUAAAAAGCAAAUGUGCAGAUUGUCCAGAAGGGCCUCCAGGAAUUAGUUGGCUUUGGGUGUCGCAAGAAAUGAGAGGGGGUGCACCAAUGGGUUGCUGAACUUCCAUUUUCCGCCACCAAUUCCCUUCUGCAACCGAGAUAAGAAACUUCAGCAAUAUCCUUAAAGUCUCAGGUGUUCGGAAAUGGAGUGUCUGGUCUAGACUUGAUGUGGUGUUAUGGUUAGAGUGUUGGACUGUGACCUGGGAGACCAGGGUUUAAAUCCUCACUCAGCCUUAUAAAAGCUCAUUGGGCGACCUUGGGCCAGUCACUAACUCUUAGCCUAACCUACCUCACAAGGUUGUUGUGUGGAUGAAAUGGGGAGAUGGAGAACCAUCAGCACCACCUUGAGCUCCUUGGAAGAAAAGGUGGUGUGUGUGUGUGUGUGUGUGUAUUAACAAAUCAACGUGGUGCACAUAACUCUACUCAUUGAUGUAUUCAGUUUCCAGUUAACCCUCCUCACCCCCCCCAAAUGACAGUUUAUUAGACUCUGUGCUGUUUAUGCCUACAAGUUUUUUGCCAUGUCUACAGGACGUCACCCUCAGCGAAAUGAUAUCAUUUCCCUAUUUAAUCCAGAUUUACAGCUGCAGAAGUUCUGGUAAGGAGAAAGAACCAACCAACAAAAUACCAUUUUUACUUGAAAGUAAUGCACACCUUUUUUGGCCAAAUGACAUCGCAAAAAUCAGGAUGUGCACUAGAUUUGAUGGCGCAUUUACAUCCGCCAGCGAAUACUUUUUGGUUUCAAGGUUUUGAAAAUCUGAGGUGUGCGUUAGAUUCGAUGGCUCAUUAGAAUUCACGUAAAUACAGUAGUAAAUCCGAAUUAAGGGGUGGCACCAUUUUUAUGUGAACUUGCAUACAUAAACAGCACCACAGCUACAAUAAACUGCUGCAUAUGUGGAAGUGUCCUAUGAUAAGUGGUUACAAAUCCGCUCUGGAAAUUGGGGCAGGGAAGUGUAGUUAUGACGUUAUAGGCACUACCCAAUAGACACCUUCCACAGAUGACUUUCCCGCAUUCAAGCGGAACCACUCUGAAAUCCUUCAGAACUGUUCUUGUCCCAUCCUUUGUUGUUGUUGUUGUUUAGUUGUUUAGUCAUGUCCAACUCUUUGUGACCCCAUGGACCAGAGCACGCCAGGCACUCCUGUCUUCCACUGCCUCUCACAGUUUGGUCAAACUCAUGCUGGUAGCUUAGAGAACACUGUCCAACCAUCUUGUCCUCUGUCAUCCCCUUCUCCUUGUGCCCCCCAUCUUUCCCAACAUCAGGGCCUUUUCCAGGGAGUCUUCUCUUCUCAUGAGGUGGCCAAAGUAUUGGAGCCUCAGCUUCAGGGUCUGUCCUUUCAGUGAGCACUCAGGGCUGAUUUCCUUCAGAAUGGAUAGGUUUGAUCUUGCAGUCCAUGGGACUCUCAAGAGUCUCCUCCAGCACCAUAAUUCAAAAGCAUCAAUUCUUCGGCGAUCAGCCUUCUGUCCCAUCCUUACCACUACAAAAAUGUCUGUUUAUUUGCAGACAAGAAGAAUAACUAUCAGACCCCAUCCGGCACUCCUGUUUAGAAUUCGACCGCUUGCCUUCAGCUUGAUGUCUCAUUCCUCAUGCAUGUCAGCUGCCCUCAACCCUGAACACAAUUUUGUCUUGGCAAAAGCCUUUGUUUGCUUGUGUAAUAACAACUACUGCUUUCUUCCACCACCAUUUAAUGUGUGCUUUCCUUUUCCUCCAGGUUUUCUUGCCAGCGUUUAUGAUAUUGGGUGCGGGUGAAGCCAAAUGCUGUGCUAACAGAUGUGGGGUAAGCAAAGCCUUGUAAAUUGGGGGGAGAGAAAAGCUCCUUUCUGUUUCCCCUUCGCCCCAGUUUCUCCACAUCAUCUCUUAGUCAGCAUUCCAUGGUCAAUGAGAACAGUCAGUCCUCGCUGGGUUGUUUUGAAUUCCCUUCCCCUUAAUAUAAGGAUGUGGGUGGCACUGUGGGUUAAACCACAGAGCCUAGGACUUGCCGAAGGUCGGCGGUUCAAAUCCCUGUGACGGGGUGAGCUCCCGUUGCUCGGUCCCUACUCCUGCCCACCUAGCAGUUCGAAAGCACAUCAAAGUGCAAGUAGAUAAAUAGGUACCACUCUGGCAGGAAGGUAAACGGUGUUUCUGUGCGCUGCUCUUGUCCGGCCUAUAGAGCGAGAUGAGCGCGCAACCCGAGUCGGUCAUGACUGGACCUAAUGGUCAGGGGUCCCUUUACCUUUACCUUUUACCCCUUAAUAUUCUUCUCUACUUCUUCAAACUCUGAAUGAAUAAUACAGAAUCUAGAGAGAAUAGUGCAAUUUAAAGAAAUUACCUAUGAAAUUUAAAGAAAACCGAGGAACUUAAAGCAAAGCAAUAUUUAUAAUGGCACAAACUAACGGCUAUACUGUAUUGACGAAUCGAUCAAUUGCAGUAAGUCGCACAGUUAGUAUAGUCUCCUCCUAACUUCCUCCAGCCAGCCAAUUUAGUUGUAAAACAGAAGUUCUAAGUUCCCUUUUCUGGUUCCCUAAAAGCUUGGAAUAAAGUUGAUUAUUACCAUUCCAGGGCAGUAUGCAAAGUUCCCUCAGCUGGAACUGUUGAAGCAGACAUGUCAACAUUCCUCAGAUGAAAAUCGGGACAUUUAUCACUAACCCCCCCACCCCCGCUGACCCUCCUCAGGCCCCCAUUUUUAGUAUCCCCUCCUGCAGAGAUUUUCCUAUCAGGAGAAGGACGAGUGCCCCCACCACCAGUACAUGCCCCCCACCAUCCCGAGAGAACCCCUUAACCCCCCCUUUUAAAUUCUUUGGUAUACAGUCAUACCUUGGGUUACAGACGCUUCGGGUUGUGUGAUUUCGGGUUGCGCACUGCGCCGAACCCGGAAGUACAGGAACAGGUUACUUCCGGGUUUCGGCGCUUGCACAUGCGCAGAAGUACUAAAAUGCACUUUGUGCAUGCACAGAAGCGCCGAAUCGCAACACGCGCGUGCGCAUACGCGGCGCUGCAGGUUGUGGACGCUAUGGGUUGCAAACGUGCUUCCUGCAUUUACUGUAUCCACUGUAUUUACAAAAAUAAAAACACACACCAAUAAAUAAGUUUUAGAAAGGGAGAAGAUUAGACCUGGGCACACAAUUCUUUUUAUUAAAAAAUAAUAAUCCUUGCACUCUGCUCCCCUCCCCCCCCCAGAGCAGCCCUGCCCUCUGCCCAGGGGUGUAGCCAGAAUUUUUGUUAAGGGGGGCGGACGGGACUUCUGUUAUGGGGGGGGCACAGCCAACGUGAUUGGUCAGUUAGUUAAGUAUUUCUAUUGUUUAACUUGAUCUAAGGGGGCAGCUGCCCCCCCAGCCCCCCCUUAGCUAUGACCAUUUCCUGUGUUUGCCCCUCGGAGCUGCUACAUGCCAGCAGCUUCUUCUCCUCCUUGCCUGCUCUCCAGCAGCUGCUUUGAGCUGCCCAAGGCAGGAGGCCAGCAGCAGCCACGGAGAGGUUAUGGGAUGCUUCCUUGCCGCUGCUGCUGCUUGGGACAAGGGCCAGCUCGUUUUCCUCCUUGAGCCUGGCGACGGCAGCAGCGCUGGCAAGGGAAAUAGGGGCAUUCCAGGAUCCAAUCUGAAUCUGGAAUGGCUUUUGUAAUUCUAGGACUGUCCCUGGAAAAUCGGGACACUUGGAGGGUCCGCGAGAGUACAGAAUGAAGAUAUAUAAGCAGCAGGCAACAAAAAGAAGAAAAGUUACCUGCGGAUCAUCUGUACAAAAAUUAGACACACACGAACACCAUAUACAGUGGUACCUCUGGAUAUGAACAGGAUCCAUUCCGGAGCCCCAUUUGCAUCCAGAGCAGAAUGCACCCCGCAUCUGCACGUGCAUGGGUCGCGAUUUGCCACUUCUGCGCAUGCGCAUGCCAUCAUUUUGACCGUCUGUGCAUGCGCGAGCGGCGAGACCCAGAAGUAACGCAUUCCGUUACUUCCCGGUUGCUGCGGAGCGCAACCCGAAAACGCUCAACCUGAAGCAACUGUACAUAUAUGGUUUUUAAAUUUCGGUUUGUACCGCAUAUGAAACAGAGAACACUUAUUAUAAGAGCAGACAAAAAUUAAAAGAUAAAAACAAAACUGUAAGAUGGGCACACAGAAUGAGUACAUUUGCCUGUGGGUUAAAAUAAAGUCAAAGAAAAGACUAUUGGUGUGAUCAGAAAAAGUGUACGCUUUUUCAUAUUGAUCUGGAACUGGGCCAGGGUUUGGACUUUUCUAUAUUUUGCAUAAAUUUCAUUACUUAUGUUGGCAGGAUCAUAGUCUGAUUUACCACAGUCUGGGAGGAGGGAUAGUAUACGCAAGGGCCUUCCUUCACCAGUGGUUCUUCGUGCAGGCACUGUUGAUCGUUUGACUCUCUCCAAGGCCUGUUUUUCUAAACGUGUUAUGGUUUCGCUUUUGUUUUGCUUCCUCGCUGUUCUUCAUGUUGGAGACGUCUCGUUCUGGUAAUAGCACGAUGCUUCCUUCUAAUCUCAUCUUUCAGAAUGCCAAGGUCUCACGUAGGAGGCUGCUGCCUAGCACAAAACUGCAAACAGUUCACUCAGAGAUGAUUCAGAGUUGCAUAUUUAAUCUAUCUUUGAUCCAUCAUGGCUUCUUUGCUGUGUGCCUUGAAGUUGCCAGGAGGGUUCCUCCAGAAAACCUGUUUAUGAAGCGUCUGUCCUGAUUUGUUUGCAGUGAGAUGGGACGACGUUGGUUACUUAACAAGCGUUUGCUUUCGUUAUUCGCUUGCAGACAGGUUAAAUGACUGUCACUUUCCUUAUUGCCCACCCAACUUUUGGGGAAGCUGCUUCGUUGAGCAAGGUCUCCCGGUCAAGUAUAAUUGUGCGAAACUGAAUUUGCAAAUGUGUGGUGGAAUCCCACCUGAAAAUAGCAACAGUCUGGAAGUACCUGUAGUUGCUGGUUCCACGGGCCUAUCUAGGUUCAGGUGAACAGGCGGGGGAUCAACCCCACUGCUAGUCAGGUCGAAAUUGCAUAUACCUUUUGGAGUUCCAAACGGCUAUGAUGCUAACAUGUCUAUUGCCUUCCAGAUGGUCCUCUCUCUCGUCUUUGCUGUGCUCGGAGCUGUCGGUGGACUGUACUGUGUGAUCAUCUCAUCCUUGGGGUUAAUUAGUGGUCCUCUCUGUGAUAUCGGUGACGAAGUAUACAUCUACCCUUUCAGGAAUGACAGCUUAGCGUGAGUAUAAUGGAGCCCCUCUACCAUCAACAUCACCACUGCAAAGUUUGUGCAAAGAAAUGGUAUAUACCACAGCAGCAAGGACAUAGCUGCCGGUUGCCCAGUUUCCCCCUCUCCCAUUCUUCUGUCCACUUUCCCAUUUGCUGUAGCAAGGGGGCCGGUGGAGGACGAUGACGACACACUUGAUGGAGAGGGCAGAGCCAGCAACCACAACCUGCCCUCCCUUCCCCCCGAUAUGAUGACAACCAUGUAAGCUGCAGAUGAUUAUAAUGGGCCUCAAAGUAAGAGCUGGAAACCAUGGUUUGGAAGUGCGUUUUCAACUUGGAGGCAAUCUUACGGUCACUAUAGUUUGCUGUCUUCGGAUGCAACAAGAAACUGUGGAGGUUUCUUGGAAACCAGGAAGAGAUAAAACUAGUGUGCUUCAGGAGUGAAGGGGAAUAUGAGAGCCUAAGCCAUGGAAUAUGAGAGCCUAAGCCUUUGGGAUGCGGGUGGCGCUGUGGCUUAAACCACAGAGCCUAGGGCUUGCCGAUCAGAAGGUCGGCAGUUUGAAUCCCCGCGACGGGGUGAGCUCCCGUUGCUCGAUCCCUGCUCCUGCCAACCUAGCAGUUCAAAAGCAUGUCAAAGUGCAAGUAGAUAAAUAGGUACAGCUAUGGUGGGAAGGUAAACGGCAUUUCCGUGCGCUGCUCUGGUUCGCCAGAAGCAGCUUAGGCAUGCUGGCCACAUGACCCGGAAGCUGUACUCCGGCUCCCUCGGCCAAUAAAGCGAGGUGAGCGCCUCAACCCCAGAGUCGUCCGUGACUGGACCUAACGGUCAGGGGUCCCUUUACCUAUACCACCUUUUAGGCCAAUUGCCUCACAAAGUGAUCAUAGUCACAACACAUCAAUAAACAAUUGUUUUCUAUAUAGAUUAAAAUACUGUAACACUUUAUACCGAGUUCCCCAUGACCGAUGCCUUAAAAUGAACUAAGAAUGUUGGGAAAUUAAAGCUACACUAGGAAUUUGGUUCAUUUCAGACAAGUCAUAGUUAAGAUCAAUUAUGGUUUGUUGGGUUCAGAGGAUGUUGCAAGGUGUGGUUAAUUAAAAAGGGAAGGAAAAGUUUCUGGACUCCUCUCCCCAGCUGCACCGGGGAAGAGGAAGGAGUGUGUGGACCCGGUGGAGGCUAGACUUAUUCCUGUUAUGAUAAACCAUUGUUUACUAUGAUUCCUGAAUGCAGCCUUUAAGUCUGAUGAAGGAAGUAUUUCUCAGCUGAAAGUUUCUAGCAAAACUUAGUUUUGACCUCUCCCUUUGUAGGGACAAUUAUUUGUUUAACCAGACAACCUGGAGCAUCUGCAAAAAACCCGAAAAUAUAAUCCUUUGGAACAUUGUGUUGUUUUCCCUCCUGCUGGCAAUCGGCAUGGCUGAAGCCAUCCUCUGCCUCAUCCAAGUGGUCAACAGUCUCAUCGGGUUCAUACGUGGCUUGAGGGAAAGAAAGGUGAGUGCAUGAGAGAAAAUUGGGAUGCGCACUUCAGAUCUUCCCGCCUCCAAUAAAGUGUAGCAGAACGGGGGAAGAUAGAAGAAAAGGCAACGCAAGCAUUACGGGGCAUAGAAUAUAUUCCUUAUAAAAACAGCUGUGCGAAUGAGGUCUAGAAAACCAUGAGUUGCAUUUGAGAGAAUGAACUGGUUUAUCCUUGGUUUAUAAAGGAAUGAAACUGGUCGGCCAUUUUGUAUUUGGGUUUUAGUUGUGAAACGUUUGCUUUCCAUUCAGAUCAGAUAUCGGGAACCUUUGGCCCACCUUUGCAUGGCUACCGCUACAGUUGCCCAUUUGUAUUCAAUGUGUCAUGGUAGGUUGUACAGUGGUACCUCUGGUUGCGAACAGGAUCUGUUCCGGAGGCCCGUUUGCAACAUGAAACCUGUGUCUGCGCACGCGCGGGUCGUGAUUCGCCUCUUCUGCACAUGCGCAUGAUGUCAUUUUGCAUGUCUGCGCAUGCGCGAGUGGCGAAACCUGGAAGUAACCCUUUCCGGUACUUCCGGAUCACCGCGGGACGCAAUUUGAAAACAUGCAACCUGAAGCAAACAUAACAUGAGGUAUGACUGUGUUCCUAUUUGGGGGAAUCUCAGGCCACUAGGUCAACUGUGGCCCUCAGACCUCUCUCUUAGGCCCCUAGGACUCUUCCCAACCUCUCUCCAGGCCUGUCCCUCCUCAUCCAUGCUCUAGGCCCUCCUGACUGGAAUGUGUCUUUGAACAGUGAUAAUCCCUCUUGGCUGACUGGCUGGAAGACAGGUGUGUGAGUGUGUGUGUGUGUGUGUGUGUGUGGAAAAUGGCCUACUGUACAAUGAUAAAAUUGACAUGGUGGGAGGCAGCAAUGCUUCUGAAUACCAGUUGCUGAAAACCACAGGAGAAGAUUGUGCUAUUGGGCUCGAAUCCAGUCACUUUUAUUGUAUCCAGCCAAAGGCCUUUACAAUGGACGACAGGGAAUAAAAGGAAAACUUGCUGCCAGCACAAAUUUGGCUACCUGGGGUGUAAUAUAUAGAUGUUUAUCUGCCAGGAGUUGUACUCGAAUCCUGCUUGCAUGCUUCCCACUGACCACUAUAAGAACAGGAUGAUAGAUUUAGAUGGACCAUUGGCCUGAUCUGGCCUGCUGUUAUAUAGCGUGGGGUUGCCAUAUUUCAAAAAGUGAAUUUUGAAAUAGUUUUUAAAAGGAAAUUCGCCCAAAGCUUCCAACAUGUGUUGCCAUACUUCCAGAUUUUCCAGGACAUUUCAGUGCUUUCUGUCCAGACCCUGCUUCCAACAGCCAAAUCCUAGCUAUGUCCAGGAAUUUCCGGACGUAUGGCAACCCUAAUAUGGUGGUUCCCCAUAGCUUGGGGGCACAACCUGUAUCCACCAGAACCGUGUGUUCUGUAUUGCAGACCCAAGUUCAUGGAACUCCUUUCCAGUUAAGGUCAGACAUGUCUCCUCCCUAUUGAACAUCUGGGGCCAAGUGAAGACUUUUAUUGUUAUUAUUAUUUAAACUAAAUUCUGAAAAAGUAAAAUGGAACUAUGCUAUCUGAUUGCGAUCUUGACUUAUUUUGUUAAGAGAACUCAUCCUUUCGCUUGCUUGCAGACGGAUAUUGCAGGAAUGUGACCAGCCUACGAAGAAGACGAAAGACAAAUAACCAACAGCCAACAUGUGUAAAGUCAGGAUAGUGUGUGUUGUAUAUUUAUAGCCGUGGUGGGGAGCCUGGGGCCCUCCAGAUAUUGCUGGACUCCCAACUCCCAUCAGCUCCAGCCAGCAUGGCCAAUGGUCAGGAAUCAUGCGAGCUGCAUGUAACCUGGGAAUAUCUGGAGAGUCACAGGUUCCCCACCUCAGAUUUAUAGGAACCAGAAACACAGCGGAUUCUUAUAACCACAGAAAGAAUCCCAAAACUUUCUUUUUUAUAUAUAAAGUUAAACACUAUAUAGGUAGGGGGAAAGGUUGUGUGUAAUUUAUUUAGGACUUUUCUGAGAUUAUACUAGAUGGACCAUUGGCCUGAUCCUGUAGCCUAUCCUAUGGUUACCAGAUUUUUUUCAAUGAAUCUGGGGACACUUUUUUUUGAAGCUGAGUAGCAACAGAGAGUCAGUAGUUGGGAUGGUGAGGCAAAAGACCC